CCUCAACGGUGCCUCACAACAACCGGCGUCAGGCGCUGCGCUAUGAAAAGGUACCGAUGGAUACAAGAAUCGCCGUAGUGCUUCUUUGGAUUGCGACAAACGUCCAUGGCCAUGGAUUGUACCAUCCUUGCUACGAAAUCAGGAGACAAAGCACAUUGCUCAUUCAAUUCCGGCACUGCAAGGUGACCGUUGAAGACGGGUACCUUAACGCUCUUUGCAACAUCCUAGUCGUGUUACCGCCCCUGCAAAAGUUUAUCCCCGCAGAUCCCGAAGUACUGACGAUGGAACAGCUGCUUGUCUCGGACAAGCCCGUUGUCAAUAUGACUUCGGAGGACGGUCCUGUGUGCCUGUCGCUGCGCACAGUUAGGUUUAAGAAGUGGAAUUACUUCCCGCAGGCUCUGGCCAAGAACUACGACCAGUUUGUGACGGCCGAGCAGAGGCACUUCGGACCAUUCAGCGUCUAUUCUAUGUUAAUCUACAUUCGCCAGAUGACCUUCAACAUCACGUUCAACAGACACCCGCCAUUAGCUGCCGCCGUGUGCAGUGGUAGGAUGGCAGACGGAAGCUGUAGAUUUGACAUCUACGGCUUUGUGGACCGCUAUCACCACAAUUUCAGUUCAAAACCGGACAUACCGGCGUUCGUUAAAUACUGGAAUCUCCGCUUCACUUUGACGGAGGCCGUGAACGUCACGUUCACUGACACGGUCAAGAUGAUCCCCGUUGCACUGUUCAGGAUUGUAGCCCUCACACCUAUCAAGCAUGUUGUCUUCCACAAAUGUAACUUUGAGCGAAUCGGUUUUAACGAGAUACCGCGCGUCAAGGGCCUUGAGAGCCUGGGGUUCUUCCAGGCGCCUAUUAAAGAAAUUCAUCCCUUUGCUUUCGACCUGAACAGAGAUCUGAAAAACAUUUCACUUAUCAGCACAAGGCUUUCAGGCAUUCCAGAAGCGAUCUUUCUGUUUAAACAGCUUGACACGCUCGACAUGAGUGACACAGACGUGCCUCUUGACGUCCCCUUCGGGUUUUGUCCUGGAAAAUGCCUAUGGAACAGCACUGCUCUGCGGCUGAUAAUUAGCGGCACCAACCUUACCACGUUACCAAAUCGCGCCUUCUGCGGAUUCCCGAUGCUCAAGCAACUCUUCUUGGACAGGUGUCAUCUGACAAAUAUCCAUGGGUCACCGUUCGAGUGCUUGGAACAGCUAGAAAUUCUGUCAAUGUCUGGCAACGAUAUUAAGUGGCUCCACGGAGAAAACUUGAAGGGUCUUAAAAGCCUCGUCUAUCUGAGUAUGAGCAAUAACGGUAUCGCCUAUUUGCAAGGUUCGCAUGUAUUAUCUAAUCUCAUCUCUCUCCGCACACUGGUACUCGCCCAGAACGAGCUCAAGGAAGUGCAGUUUGAUCCCAUGAACAAUUCCUCUAUAGAGGAGCUUAAUCUCGCAGGGAAUGAGUUACGGCUAUGGAGGCCGCCACUCUUUAUUCACAUGCGUAAAUUGAAAAACCUCAACUUGGCGGACAACGAACUCGCCUGGAUAGACGAUGACAUGCGGCGUGACUUGUACGACAUCGACCACGUGAACGUGAGUUACAAUCCCUGGGACUGCUCCAGCUGCCAGCUGAGAAACCUUCAUUCUGUUCUGGAAAUGCACCCAGCAAUGUGCAACAAUUGCGUUUCAUGUGCACAACCUCCGGAGAAAUACGGGAAGGACGUCCGAUACGUGACUUGGUCAGAAGAUGACUGCGGCCCGCUUGACCAAUACAGGACAUACGUCGUCCCUGUGAUCCUUUCCUUCAUGAGCAUCACCGUGCUGGCCAACGUUCUCUACCGCAACCGCCGGUACUGCAUGUACGGCCUGCUGUACCUCAAGGUAGCCAUCAAAGGAUAUCGAAGGCAAAGGAACUCUGACCGCUUUCUCUGGGACGGCUUCCUGUCCUACCACACCUCGGACGCCGACUGGGUUCGGGACGUACUCAUUCCAAGGUUAGAGUCACCUCCCAUGCGGUUCCGUCUGUGCGUGGCCGAGCGAGACUUUAUUCCGGGUCUCCCGAUUGUUGAAAACAUCUGCCGCGCCAUAACGCAGAGUCGCACAUCGGUUUUCGUGUUGAGCCGCGAGUUCUGUCGUAGCCGCUGGUGCAUGUUCGAGCUGAGACUGGCACACCACCACCUCUCCGAAAGCGAUCGCUGUGAUGGUAUCGUGUUGGUAAAGAAGAAUGACGUAGACGAGUCUGAGAUGGGCGACAUCGUCGAGUAUCACGUCAAGUCACGCACCUACGUCCAGUUGCCCUUGGAAGGUUCGGACGAUGCGCAGAAUGGACUCUUUUGGCUCCAGCUUCAGGCAGCAUUGGAACACUAGAAGUGCUAACAUGGCUGCGUUAUUCAGAAUAGAAAACGUGGUGUGCCGCAAGCAACAUUUCAAAAUGAGAAACUAUGGGGGCACCUAAGCAAUUAUUAUGAUGUGUAAAUGCGAAAGCAUUACUUGUCGCCGAGUUAUGUCACCGAGUUUAGUGUUGCGGCAGAAUAUUGCUGAGUUUAGUGCUGCUGCAUAAUGAGUCCGAGUGUAAUGUUGCUGCUUAUGAGGUCGCAACAACGCGAGACGCACAAACCGACCAUAUCGCCAUCUCUCACCUGAAGUUUAUGUGCGGAGAGCUCAUUAAAGAAGUGUUUCA